CCGGGGGCGGGGCUUCGGCGGAGGCGGGACAGGUGGGGUGUGAGGUAGUGCCCAGAGCCGGGAGAAACAGCCAGAGCUGGAGGAGGAGAGAGGAAAGGAAGGCGACGGGCGGGCACCUAGGGAAGCCUCCUUCUGGGCAGCUUGUAAGAGCGAGCGAGCGAGUGAGCGAGCGAACGAGGAGGGAGGGCAGCAGCGAGCUUGCGACAAGGAGAGGCGUGGAGUGGAGAGCUGAGCCUUGAGGACACUCAGUGGAGGAGGAGGAGCCGGGCUUUGCUGUGGAGGGAGACCUUCGAGGUGCCCGCGCAGCCUGAGACCCCUGGCUCACAGAGCAUGAACAGGAGCCCCGCUGGAGAGCGGCCGGGGAAGACGGCCUUGGCGCAGCCCUGAGACGCUGGGCUGGGGCUGGGGCUCCGGGCGCCCUAGGCGCUGGGCCCGGCCGGGGGGCGGAGGCUGGGUGGGGAGCAGCCCGCGCUGGCGGCGGCCGCCUCGGCGCAGCGCCAUGGGGAGCCCCCGGGCCGCGCUGCUCCUGCUGCUCCUGCGCCCGGUCAAGCUGCUGCGGAGGCGCUUCCGGCUGCUGCUGGUACUCGCGGUGGUGUCCGUGGGGCUCUGGACUCUGUAUCUGGAACUGGUGGCGUCGGCCCAGGUCGGCGGGAACCCCCUGAACCGGAGGUAUGGCAGCUGGAGAGAACUGGCCAAGGCUCUGGCCAGCAGGAACAUCCCAGCUGUGGAUCCCAAUAUUCAAUUCUACCGUCCCCAGAGGCUGAACCUCAAGGACCAAGAAAUUGACCAAAGUGGGAACAGUAACAACAGCUACUUGAGGUGGAACAAACCCGUACCCUGGCUCUCAGAGUUCCGUGGCCGCGCGAACCUGCAUGUGUUUGAGGAUUGGUGUGGCACUUCCAUCCAGCAGCUCAGGAGGAACCUCCAUUUCCCACUGUACCCGCACAUCCGCACGACCCUGAGGAAGCUGGCUGUGUCUCCCAAGUGGACCAACUAUGGCCUCCGCAUCUUUGGCUACCUGCACCCUUUCACUGAUGGGAAAAUCCAGUUUGCCAUUGCUGCAGAUGACAACGCUGAAUUCUGGCUGAGCCGUGACGACCAGGUCUCAGGCCUGCAGCUGCUGGCCAGUGUGGGCAAGACUGGAAAGGAAUGGACGGCCCCUGGAGAGUUUGGGAAAUUUCGAAGUCAAAUUUCCAAGCCAGUAAGCCUCUCAGCCUCCCACAGGUACUACUUUGAGGUGCUACACAAGCAGAACGACGAGGGCACCGACCACGUGGAGGUCGCGUGGCGAAGGAAUGACCCUGGAGCCAAGUUCACCAUAAUUGACUCCCCUUCCCUGUCCCUCUUCACAAAUGAGACCAUCCUAAGGAUGGAUGAGGUAGGUCACAUCCCACAGACAGCAGCCAGCCACGUGGGCUCCUCCGACCCCCUUGCCAGAGAUGAGCAGCCUCCUGCUGACAUGCUUCGGCCUGACCCUCGGGACACCCUCUAUCAAGUGCCUCUGAUCCCCAAGUCCCAUCUCCGCCACAUCCUGCCUGAUUGUCCCUACAAACCUAGCUACUUGGUGGAUGGGCUCCCUCUGCAGCGCUACCAGGGCCUCCGCUUUGUUCAUCUGUCCUUUGUUUAUCCCAAUGACUAUACCCGCCUCAGCCACAUGGAGACCCACAAUAAAUGUUUCUACCAGGAAAAUGCUUAUUACCAGGACAGGUUCAGUUUUCAGGAGUACAUCAAGAUUGACCAGCCAGAGAAGGAGGGGCCCAAGCAUCCAGGUUUUGAGGAGGACCUUCUAGAAGAAUCCCAGUAUGAAGAAGUGGCAGAGGAGACCCCUGCCUCCCAGGACCAGGAUACCAGGAUACGAGAGGGAAAACAAACGGUUGCCUCUGUCCCCGGCCAGGAGGUCACUGACUACCGCCUCCGAAGCCUGCGGAAGCUCCUGGCUCAGCCUCAGGGGGCCCCACUGCCUCCCAUUUCCAAGCAUAACUCCACUGGUCCCUUCCCAGUGAGAGCCAGUGACAUCCCAGUCCUCUCACCGGCGAAGAGGAAGAGAAAACCUAGCCCUGAGCCCAGCCGAGAUUCACCUCAUUCUGACAAACGGGCCCCUGGGAACCUGCCUCAAAUUAAGAGACCCAGGCCCACUGGUGACCAACCCCAGAAAGCUCUAGAGCAGUCCCAGUGGCUGAACCAAGUGGAAUCCUACAUUGCAGAGCAGAGAAGGGGUGACAGGAUGGAGCCUCUGGCCCCGAAAUGGGGUUGGCAUGGAGAGGAGGAAGUGGUGGCGGCUGCAGGCCAGGAAGGACAAGCGGAGGGAGAGGAAGAGGGGGAAGAAGAAGAGGAAGAGGAUAUGAGUGAGGUGUUCGAAUAUGUACCUGUGUUUGACCCAGUAGUAAACUGGGACCAGACCUUCAGUGCCCGGAAUCUCGACUUCCAAGCCUUGAGGACGGAUUGGAUUGACCUGAACUGUAACACAUCUGGCAAUCUGCUACUUCCAGAGCAGGAGGCCCUGGAGGUCACCCGGGUCUUCUUGAAGAAGCUCAACCAGAGGAGCCGGGGGAGGUACCAGCUGCAGCGCAUUGUGAAUGUGGAGAAGCGUCAGGAUCAGUUACGUGGCGGUCGCUACCUCUUAGAGCUUGAACUACUAGAACAAGGCCAGCGCCUGGUGCGGCUCUCCGAGUACGUGUCCACACGAGGCUGGCAAGGUGUUGAUCCAGCUGGUGGGGAGGAGACGGAGGCCCGGAAUCUGCAGGGCCUGGUCUGGAGUCCACACAGACGUCGGAGACAUGUCCUGAAUGCCCGGGAUCCAGAGCCCAAGCUUUGCUGGCCCCAGGGUUUCUCAUGGAAUCACCGAGCUGUGGUCCACUUUGUCGUGCCUGUGAAGAACCAGGCACGCUGGGUGCAGCAGUUCAUCAGAGACAUGGAGAACCUGUUCCAAGUCACCAGUGACCCACACUUCAACAUCAUCAUCACUGACUAUAGCAGUGAGGACAUGGAUAUUGAGACAGCUCUCAAGAGAUCCAAGCUGCGGAGCUACCAGUAUAUGAAGCUCAGUGGAAACUUUGAACGCUCAGCUGGACUUCAGGCUGGCAUAGAUCUGGUGAAGGACCCACACAGCAUCAUCUUCCUCUGCGACCUCCAUAUCCACUUCCCUGCUGGAGUCAUCGAUACCAUCCGGAAGCACUGUGUGGAGGGCAAGAUGGCCUUUGCCCCGAUGGUGAUGAGGCUGCAUUGCGGAGCCACCCCGCAGUGGCCUGAGGGCUACUGGGAGGUGAAUGGAUUUGGGCUGCUUGGCAUCUACAAGUCAGACCUAGACAAGAUCGGGGGCAUGAACACUAAGGAGUUCCGAGACCGCUGGGGUGGAGAAGACUGGGAGCUGCUGGACAGGAUCCUCCAAGCAGGCCUGGAAGUGGAGCGUCUUUCCCUCAGGAAUUUCUUCCAUCAUUUCCAUUCCAAGCGAGGCAUGUGGAACCGACGCCAAAUGAAGAUGCCGUAGUCCCUGGAGCCACGUGCAGCUCCUUGACUUGCUGUUGUUCCCCAGCGCCCCUGCUCGCUGCUGGAGAAGGGGAGGGCAGGGGGGCAGAAGCGAUGGCUAGGCCCCGAGAGGCCUCAGAGCCAAUUCCCCUUUCCACUGGGAGCUGUCCCCUCAUGCAGAGACAGGUGCCAAGACUCCUCUGCCACUCAAUCAACAGAGAGAGAACGGCUCCUGAGACAGACGGGGCAGCCAGGUCAAGGAAGGAUAGCCCUGCUUGAGCAAUACUGUUGUUAUCCAUGAAGGUGCAUUCCAGUCACCCGCCCCCCCCAUGCUCCUCUUGGGAGUAUUGGCCAUUGAAACUGGAAACUUCUGCUGGACAUAUUUUAAUGGGGGGUUUAUUUUUUUAACCAGAGAACCAAAACUGCUGUUCAUUCCCAGCAUUGACUGUGAAUGGGGUGGAGUUGUACAUUGAAGGAGUAAUCCCAGUCGCAGAUCCCAGAUCCAUUUGUGUGUAGAGAUGUGUCCCUAGGGCACUGUCCCUUCCAGAGGUGCUGGCCACACGUGGAGCAGGUCUAGCUCUAGCCCAGGCUUGUGCCUUUAAACACACAUACAUUUCUCCUGGUAGCCCCUGAACCGCAGGCCGGCGGUGAGGGCAUUAACCUCAUCCCUCCAGGUGGCACUAACUUCAGACCAGAAGCACAGAACUGGCAGCCAGGUCCAGGUACAAAGGUGGGGUUGGGAGAUCGGGAACUAAUGAGCAUUGGGCUUACCUUGCCCAGUGUUGGACAUAUGAGCCAUGCAGAACCCACAAGAUGAAAAAGACCAGAGACGGAUGCCCCUUCCCUUCCCAGCUCACCUGUGAGAUAAGGCCUCUGGAGAGGGUAGAGAGAGGCCAGCCAAGAGGAUGUGGACGUAAUCCAUCAACUUUGUGUAGAUGAGAAGAGGAGGCAGAGAUCAGGCAGAGAGGGAUGGAAAGGGAAGUGGAAAACUUGAAUCCCAGAAGCCCAGCUCCCCUAUGAAUUUGCCCUCCUGCAGGGAGAGCCCCAGCUGCUUGUCCCUGAGGGGAAGACGAGGAAGGGGUGUGGGUGAAACCUCAGACCUCGAGACAGGAAGUGGGCAAGGCAAGAGGUGUGGGAAGCUGAGGAUAUUGUCCUGAAAGGUAUCUUCCCCAAGGGUUGGGGGAGCAGGAGGAACUGAAAAGUAAAGCAGUUUCAGGGAAAAUCACCCUUGGCCUUUUCAGUCUGCGACCACCCUUUAUGUCACCUGAUGAUCAUGCACUUAUCUUGCACUAAUAAUCCCCGGGUACUUUUGUGGCUGGGGACUUUUCUACUGCUGCUGUUAAAUUCACCAAUGGUGCAUUGGAUGCUGGAUCUUGAACUCCAGAGUCUGUGGACGGAGCUGAGCACAGGGCCUCCCUGUUGGGAGGUGCAGCAGGGCCCAGGAGCUCAAUGCUGUGACAGUCUACAUCACAACGUUCAGAGCUAGGGUCUACCUGGUGGGCUCUGCAUUCACCAAGAGCAAAACCGUGGCAUGUGGGAGGAUGGAGCCCAUUGAGAACCUUCUGGACUUUGGAGAGAAUCCUGCCUUCCUCUAAGGAAUCAAGAAGGACAGAGACGUUUCGUUAAUAGGCCGUGGCUUGUAUGCCAUACCUGCCCCCCUGGGAUGUGGCUUUUACUGGUCCCUGCUCAGGACUGUACCCUCUGGAAAGGACCACAUAGGAGGUAGGCUAGGACUGCAGUUGGCUGAUUGGGGUGCCAGCUUUCGUUUUAGGGCCACUCUUAUCCUUGGCAUUGCACUGGAGGCAACAGUCCCAACAGCCCUCUUUAUCCACCUCUCCUAAGGACCAGGAGCCAGCCCAGCCUUCCCUGCCCUGCCCACACCCCUCUGUCCUUGGGCCAGUGCCUUGUGUUUGAUGUCUGUUACCUCCCCACCAUCUGCCUUAAUGAGAAGGGCCGGACAUGGCCCCUACUCUGUAGAGAAAUGUCUUGGGUGAGGGGAGGGAGUGGGUGAAGGGAGGGAAAGCAUUAAAUACAGCAUCUUCUUAGAA